AUAAUGGUUUAGUCAGUAAUGGAUGCCCUUUCGAGCGAGCUUCACUCAGCCUUCACUUUUAAGAUUUAGGUUCCUGUUACUGAGAAGAUGAGUGAGCUGAAGGACUGUCCCCCUCUGAAGUACUAUGACUUCAAACCUGUGGACCAUGUGAAAGUGUGUCCACGAUACACUGCUGUGCUCAGCCGCUCGGAGGAUGAUGGCAUUGGCAUUGAAGAGCUGGACACACUUCAGCUGGAGCUGGAAACGCUUCUCUCUUCUGCGAGCCGGCGUCUCAGAGCACUGGAAGAACAAAGACAGAUUCUAACAGACUGGCAGGACAAAAAAGGGGACAAAAGGUUGCUGAAAUUGGGGAAAGAUACAGAUCUUUCUGCUUCUUCUCGCCAUUCCAAGCCCAAGAAACAGAAGCUUGAUGGAAAAGGCAGUCAUGCUCCCGGGCCUGGACCAGGCAGACCAAAGUCUAAGAACAUACAAACCAAAGUCCAGGAAUUUGAGUUUGAAGUGGACCCGCAAGACAUACCCCGCAAUCCCAAAAAUGAUGCUCCCAACAGAUUCUGGGCCUCUGUGGAGCCUUACUGUGCGGACAUCACAAAUGAAGAGGUGCGAGUUCUUGAAGAACUGCUCAAACCACCUAAUGAUGAAGCAGAGUACUACAAGAUCCCAGCCCUGGGAAAGCAUUAUUCUCAGCGCUGGGCUCAAGAGGACCUGCUAGAGGAGCAAAGAGAGGGAGCAAGGGCCAAUGACAAGAAGAAAAGCAUGAUGGGUCCUCUUUCUGAACUGGAUGCCAAAGAUGUAGAUGCCCUGCUUAAGAAGUCAGAGUCACAGCAUGAGCCUCCAGAAGACGGCUGUCCUUUUGGCCCUCUUACUCAGCGGCUUCUACAAGCACUUGUUGAGGAAAAUAUUAUAUCCCCUAUGGAGGAUUCACCCAUUCCAGACAUUCCAGGAAAGGACGAUGGGGCUGGUACAUCUCCUCGUAGCCAGGGUAAAGCCUUCAGUGUGCCUCACACACGCUCUCUAGAGGCUCGUAUAAGAGAGGAGCUGGUGUCUCAGGGUUUGCUGGACUUUGAUGAGAGGCAAGGUGUUGGGGGAGAGUCAGAAGAUGAGGUGCUGGCUGAACUGCAGAAAAGACAGUCUGAACUCAAAGCACUUACCAUCCACAAUCGCUCACGCAAGCAAGAUCUUCUCAAGUUGGCACGGGAAGAGAUGAGGAAACAGGAGCUUCGUCAUCGGGUUCGAGUGGCUGAUAACGAGGUUAUGGAGGCCUUCCGUCGCAUUAUGGCAGCCAGGCAAAAGAAACGCACUCCAACAAAAAAAGAGAAAGAUCAGGCUUGGAAAGCAUUGAAAGAGAGAGAAAGUAUUCUCAAACUCUUAGAUGGAUAAAUAUGACUGGCAGCUUUCUUGUGUUGUAUGUUAAUUUGUAUGAUUGUUGGAUAGGGACUGUUCAUACAGACAAUUUCAACACUAACAGUCUGGCACCCAGACUAAAAUCAGAAAUGGUUAUAACGGUAGGCAAAGAACAUGUGAGUGUCAGUGAAUAUUUAAAGGGACAGUUCACCCAAAAAAUAAAAAUUCUCUCAUCAUUUACUCACCAUCAUUCCAUCCCAGAUGUUUAAGACUUUCUUCUGCUGACACAAACUAAGAUUUUAGAAGAAUAGUCAAACACAUAUGGUAUGGCAUGAGGGUGAGUAAAUGAUGAGAAAAUUUACAUUUUUAGAUGAACUAUCCCUUUAAUGUUAUCAUAUUGUACUUAUGUUCAUAUAUUUUUACUGCCUUCUAUCCAAAAUAAGACAGUUAAAAAUAAAGCAAUUUGCCACUAAGGGUUUGCAGUGCCACUGACUAUUGAUGUUGCCAGAACUGUGGCACCUCCAGGUGACCAUAUUUUUUGCCUUUCUGUACAGUUCCCAAAUGGAAGCAAUUACCAUAAUAGAUUGAUAUUGUGUAAACUAUUGUCAUAGUGUUAUUAUUAUUUUGGUUACUGCAUGGGAUAGGGCAAGUACAUGUUAUUUUUGAGUUUCAUAUGAUUGUAAGGAAAUGGAGCUAGUCAAAGUUAUUUUAAGAGAAAAUAUCAAGUUUGUUAUUGGAAAUGAAGUGUAUGUUGUUGUUCAGUCCAUAGUUAGUUAUGUUCACCGUAUCAGACAUGCUGUUCUAAACCAUGACAUUGUUUUUGCAUGUAUGUGUUCAAAUAAAA